AAAAUCUCUUCAGGCAGGGGUAACAAGAAGUUCGUGCUUUGGGGUGUUAUAUCAGUGGCCAUGCUGCGUUUAGUGAACCACUGAACCAAGUAUGUGGAUUCUUAUAAUAACCUUUUCUUCUUUUGUCCUCUGCUCAGCUACAGAAGAGUUACCCCUCACAGAGGGGACGAUAUGUUCAAAGUAUCAAGUGGCUUUCAACCAAUCAUGCUAUGAGAUUGUGAGGCUCCAGCGCACUUUUGCGAGUGCCCAGAGCUGGUGCGAGAGAGGAGGGGGCCAUCUGGUCUUUAUUGAAAAUGAAGAGACCCAAAAGUUCUUGGAGGAACACAUCUCAGAGGACAAAGAGUGGUGGAUUGGGAUAACCUACAGUUCCUCUUUGAAUGAAACAACAGAAGGUCCCAUGGUUUGGCUGGACACCUCCAACAUCACCUACAGCAAAUGGCACCAAGAACCACCCUCAGUCCUCACUUCUGCAUGUGGCUAUAUCCUGAAAAACUCUGGCUAUGAAUGGGGUGUCACAGAGAACUGCAGCCAGGAGUUUGACUUCAUCUGCGAGUUCGAGUCAGGCCACAGUAUGGCUUGUGACAAUUUUAAUGCAACGGUACAGUGCGGAUCAGGAGACGUGAUUCAGAUUGGGGACAGUUUCUAUGGACGGAAAACUCCCCACUACUGUGUGCUGGAGACUCCUCUGCAGUUUGAUGUGGAAGAAGAAUGCAGCUGGAUCAGUGUAAAGGAUGAAGUUGCAGGGCAAUGUCAUGGCCUCCAAGCAUGUCAAGUGGCAGCUGAUGGAACCUUCUUCGGAGAUCCUUGUUCGGGUUCGGGAAGCUACCUGUCUAUUCAGUACCACUGCAUGGAAGGCUUGCAACUUGCUGUGACAGAGACAAGCUUUGUUUAUGAGAAUAUCACGAUCUCGUUGAAAUGGCUUCUCUCUCCUUACUCUGGCAACCUCUCAUGCAUCAUUAGCACAGGAGAUGGAAACACAAUCGAUCCUUACUACCCGCCAACUCUGUCUAGCAACGUGACCUACAGCUAUGCCUCUCCGGGUGAAUUCACCGUCUUUGUGGAAUGCACGACCAGUGAAUGGCAUGUGACGGCCCAAAUGCUUAUAACCGUCCAAGAUAAAAUGGAUGAGCUUACUGUCACCGGCUGUUUUAGCAAGUUUGAAGCUGGGAAUGGCUCUCAUUGCAGGACUCUGUACAAGGAAACGUUAUGGAUCCAAGUGGCACUUAAUGGAGGUAAUGGGGUGACUUACACUGUGGUAAUGGAUAACAAAACUGUGACCGAGUCCACUGCCAGCUUGGGAACAGUCCCUCACAAUUUGACCUUGGAUAGCACAUCUCAGCAGCUGCUUGGACCCGGCAUACACCACCUCAAAAUCAUUGCCUCCAGCAACACUACGGAAUCAGAAAUUUCAGAAGGCCUUACCGUUCAUUUAGUCGAGCCAAUCACCGGUUUGCAAGCCAUGCUAACCUCCAGCUCUGUGAAAUUAGGAGAAGAUCUGGAGAUCAAGGUCUCUGCACCCCACGGGAAACCAGAAAAGCUCAAGUUUGAGGUAACUGGAUCGAAUGAAACCUUCUCACACCUGAAGAAUGGUCCUGAAGGAGAAAACAAAACCUACAAUAUUCCAGUGAAAUCUGAAGGUACUUUCCUAGUCAAGGUAUUUGCCAUGAAUGCCUUCUCGAAUAUGAGCAUCGAUGUAGGAACAGUUACCGUCUUGUCCAACAGCUCUGAAUCUCCUGAGGACAAACAGCAAAUGAAAAUCGGUGGCAAAACUGUGAGUAUUGACUUGGACAAGACAGCUAACAACAGGAAAAAGCGAAUAUACAUCAAGCCCAGUCGGCACGCUGGCAUCUUUGCAACGGUUAGUCUUGGCUGGCCUGAAGACAGCAACAGCUCUCUGUACUCGUGGUCUUGUGGGUACUGCUGGCCUGAGUGGACAGAAUGUGUUCAACAGCAAUCCAUCCUCACUGACCAAAGAGAACUGCGGAUCCCGCCCGCCUGCUUGCCUCCUCCUAGCUCUGCAGUGACUGUGAAAGUUACAGUUCAAACCCCAGAGAAGGAAACAAAGCAGGAUGAACAGUGCCUUUAUUUGACAGCAAAACAAGAGCUGAGCCUCCAAAUCAGCUGCAAUAAGAACUGCAAGCCAGUGAAUAUCUCUGAAGAUGUCGUGCUUAGAGUCUCUAUGGAAACAGAGUCAAAAGGCACUCUCUACAAGUGGUACUUGGAUAACACAUUCCGCAGAAAGCCCAGUCCGCUCCCUUCAGGCUGUAGCUUGAAUGGCUUUCGGCAGAGCAAUCUUGCAGUGCUUCAAAGUGACACAACAGAACUGGUGUUGAACAAUUCCUUUCUGCAAACGCAAGGAGAAGCCUUUAGAAUUAAAGCGGCAGCAACAAGUGAGCACAAAUAUGGUGAAGCAACUUAUGUCGUCAGCACGGUGCCUCCCCCAGUAGUCCCAGUGUGUACAGUAUCCCCAAAGCAAGGAUCAGUGCUCACACCCUUCUCCAUCUCCUGCCAUUCUCCCUGCUUGGACAAGCAGUGCCUUCCAGUGGACAGCUCCCUGCUGACCUACUGUUUCUACCUUGAGCCUAAUUCUCUCCUGCACUGUGGCCAAGAUCCUGACCUAACCCCAGUUUACCUUCCACUCGGAGAAAAGGACAAUAACUUCCUUUUACAUAUUACCAUUGCUGUGAGUAACAGCUAUGGGGACACCGUCCACACAAAGGCCACCGUCAGGGUCCAAUAUGAAGAUAUAAACCCUGGGAACCAGACCCUGCAGGCCAUUGUAUCAGAAAAAUCAAGCACCAUCCUCAAAGGAGAGAACAGCAGCAUGUCCCUGUUCCAGUUGUACAAGUCGGUAUCGUCGGUCCUUAACCAAGAGACAAAGGAAGAGAGCAUUAAUUCGACUCUGCGGACAGAUACUCGGAAAGAGCUGAGAGAGUUAAUGUUGACCACUCUAUCGGCUGUCAACGUAACGUCCAUGCAGACGGCUCUCAAGAUGUCCGAGGUGCUCAAAGAAAUCACUUACAGGAGUGAAGAGCUUUCUUCCUCUGCACAGGUGGAAGCAGGUAACACUCUGAAGGAUGUCAGUGAAUCCCUGCUGAUUGUCACCCCUGAAGAUGGAGAGGAUGACCAGAAGCGCAAGGAUGCUGCCACACAUCUGUUCAAUGCAGUGAACAACGUCCUUGAAGCGACUGUGCAGAAUGUGACCGAGGAGGCUUCUACCCCAGAAUCCCAACAGAGCUUGGUGUCCCAGCAACUACUGACUACUGUGGACAACCUCCAGAGUGCCCUCCUCAUUGGGAAACUGCCCAACAAUGAACCCACUGUGCUAACAGCUCCCUCUGUGGCUAUGUACAUCAACAGGUUGCAGACGGAUGACGUGAACAGCACAUCCAUUAAUAUCUCCAACUCUAGUGCUGCCAGCUUCACCCUGCCUUCUUCCUCUUCUCUCAGCAUCUCAGGAGCCAGCGAUGAGACAGUGGAUAUCCGGAUGGUGAGCUUUUCUGUGAAUCCCUUUUCCACAACUGACAGCUUUGAUAUCCACGGAGCUGUAGGAGGCCUCACCCUCACCAGCCUGGAUGGGUUGGUCAUUCCAGUUAGGAACCUUACAGAAGACAUUGAGAUAACGCUGCCAAGGAGUUUGGAAAUCCAAGAAGACAGAAGUGUGUUGAAUCUGGGAAACUUCAGCGCUCUCCAGGUCAAUGUGACCUCAGUAAAUACAUCUCUGGUGAUUCAUCUGGAGGUGGACCAAAAUAUUCCACUUAUCCUGUACCUGGGAUAUGGCUAUCAACCCAACGAGACUGACCAUGAUUUGAUGACGCAUGUUCCUUUUGACAGAAACAUGAAGGAAACAGUAUAUUCCUGGAUUCUUCAUCAAGAAGACCUCAUUUUUGGAGAAGGAACUUAUUAUUUUGUAGUGAGAGCAGAAACUGAACUGGGGUUGGUGGCCCUCAGUGAUGUAAACCUCUCCAUCACUUGCUUUAUAUCCCAGUGUGUAUUUUGGGAUGAGCACCAAGGAAACUGGAACAGCUACGGAUGUCAUGUUGGCCCCAAAACAUUCCCCAGCAGCACCCAGUGUCUCUGUAACCACUUGACAUUCUUUGGGAGCUCUUUCUUCAUCAUGCCCAACACCAUUGAUGUCAGCAGAACUGUGGAAUUGUUUGCCACAUUUGUGGACAAUCCAGUGGUCGUGACGACUGUAAGUUGCAUCUUCCUUGUGUACCUGCUGGUUCUGAUCUGGGCCAGAAGAAAAGACAUCCAAGACGAUGCCAAAGUGAAGAUAACAGUACUGGCAGAUAAUGACCCCUUUGCUCAGUAUCGCUACCUGGUGACUGUUUUUACAGGGCACCGUCGAGGGGCAGCCACAACUGCUCAGGUGACCCUCACCCUGUAUGGUCAGGAAGGUGAGAGCGAGCCACAUCACCUGGUGGACCCAGAGGUGCUGGUCUUUGAGCGAGGAGGAGUGGAUGUGUUCCUGCUGUGUACUCUCUUCCCUCUGGGAGAACUGCAGAGCAUCAGACUGUGGCAUGACAACUCAGGAGACAGCCCAUCCUGGUAUGUAAACCGUGUGCUGGUCCAUGAUGUCACCACAGAUCAGAAAUGGUAUUUCCUCUGUAACUCUUGGCUGGCCAUUGAUGUUGGAGAUUGUGUUUUGGAUAAAGUGUUCCCUGUAGCCACUGAGCAGGAUAUGAAGCAGUUCAGCAACCUGUUUUUUAUGAAGACCUCCAAGGGCUUCCAAGAUGGACACAUCUGGUAUUCCAUUUUCAACCGCUCUCCUCGCAGCUCCUUCACCCGAGCCCAACGAGUGUCCUGCUGUUUUUCACUCCUUUUGUGUACCAUGCUUACCAGCAUCAUGUUCUGGGGGGUGCCUAAGGACCCGGCUGACCAGAAAAUGGAUUUAGGUAAGAUAGAGUUUACAUGGCAGGAAGUGAUGAUUGGCUUUGAGAGCUCCCUCCUCAUGUUCCCCAUCAACCUGCUCAUCGUGCAGAUCUUCAGGAAUAUCCGGCCUCAGCCUAACAGAGAGAAGAAGUCAGGGAAAAGUGGGCGUGUAUCCCCCAGUAUACCUACUCCUGCCCAUCAGGCUACCCAGAGCAUGUCACUCACCCCUGAGGCUGUCAUCAAGGACAUCAGGCGAAUUGCCAACUCCCUCUUCAAAACCCUCAGGGCUCCGUUUCCUUCCUUGGAGCCUGAUUUGGGGAAAUCUACUGAUAUAAACAAGCUUUUGGCCUUAGUGGAGGACAUUAUUUGCCAGCAGAACAGAGCUGGACAGGAAUUUUACAACGAGAGCAAGAAGAAAGAUGACCCAAUUAUCAUCACUCUCGGUUUGGUGGAUUUACAAGAAAAGACCAAGAGCCCAACUCCAGAGAGAGCGAUGAGCGAAAGGCUGAAACACCGAGACUACAACCGUUGCCUCUACAUGCAGCUGCAGAAUGUGGAGACAGAACUUGAACUGCUGGGGGCUCACCGAUUCCAGAAUCCGCAAAGCUACUCUCAGGCUGUACGGCAGGUUCAGCACAUGAAGAACUUCCUGGAAAGACAGCUGUACCCUGGAGCAUCCAUCAGUGAGAGGGGCUCUCCUACUCCUAGCCUUCCAGGAGAAGGUAAGAAGGAGACAGCCCCCAAAGGCCUGCCUUGGUGGUGUGUGUUCAUUGGCUGGUUCCUGGUUGCUGCUACUAGUGGUGUAUCUGGAUUCUUCACCAUGCUUUACGGGCUCCAUUAUGGCAAGGAGAACUCCAUCAAGUGGCUGAUCUCCAUGGCCAUCUCCUUCUUUGAAAGCCUUUUCAUCACACAGCCAUUGAAGGUUUUAGGAUUCGCUGCUUUCUUUGCUCUUGUUCUGAAAAAGGUGGAGCAGGAAGAUGAGGAAAACACAGCCAUUGAGGGACCACUGUCUGCCCCAGGUGACUCAAACCCUCUCUUUGGAACCCGCAGAGACAGUGGAAGCAACAUUUACCAGCCUCCCCCUGCUACCGAUGUUGAGAAAAUGAAGAGCAACCACAUGAAGGAGCAGAAAGCAUUUGCCUUGAUUCGAGAAAUAUUGGCCUAUUUGGGUUUCUUGUGGAUGUUGUUACUGGUUGCCUAUGGCCAGCGUGAUCCUAACUCCUAUUACCUGAACAAGCACAUUGAGAACAGCUUCACCGAUGGAUUCGAAGAUAUCUUCAGCUAUCAGGAUUUCUUCAAGUGGGCCAGGACAACUUUAGUCAGCAAUUUAUAUGGCCCAUAUGAAGGCUUCAUCACAGAUGGCAACUCCAAACUAGUGGGCAGUGCCCGGAUCCGUCAAGUGAGAGUAAAAGGCAACACCUGCCCCAUAGAUCCUCAGCUGCAACUGACAGUCCAAGAAUGCCACGCCUCUUAUUCUUUCGACGCAGAAGACACAUCAGACUAUGGGGAACGGUGGAAUGUCUCUUCCACAGUGAAUUCUUCAGAGCUGAAUUCUGCAUGGCAAUAUCAGAGCCAAACCAUACUGAGAGGGCACCCCAUCUGGGGCAAACUGGCAGUCUACAGAGGUGGAGGAUAUGUGGUUCACCUGGGGACAGAUUCCCAUAACACUUCCAGAAUUAUCCAGUACCUCUUUGACAACAUCUGGCUGGACACCUUUACAAGAGCCGUGUUUGUCGAGUUCACUGUCUACAAUGCCAACGUGAACCUGUUCUGCAUCGUAAACCUCAUGUUUGAAACCAACGCAUUAGGGGCCUUCUUCACACGGGCUGAGCUGCAGAGUAUCCGGCUUUAUCCGUACACAGAUGGCCUGCAUAUCUUUGUGGUAGCAGCAGAAGUGAUUUAUUUCCUCUUCGUCAUCUACUACAUGGUAGAACAGGGAAAGCUGAUACGUAUUCUGAAAUGGAACUACUUCCGCAGCAAGUGGAACCUGCUGGAAAUGGCCAUCAUCUCCAUCAGCUGGAGUGCUCUAUUGGUGUUUGCACGACGGACCAUCCUGGGUUUAUGGGACAUCAACUACUACCAGGAGCAUAAGGAUGAAUUUGCGAGCUUCAAUCAGACGGCGACUGUUGAUGCCAUCCUGGGCUAUCUGAUAGCUUUCUUGGUGCUUCUCUCCACCGUGAAGCUCUGGCACCUCCUGAGGCUGAACCCCAAACUGAACAUGAUCACUUCCACCCUACGGAGGGCCUGGGGGGACAUCUCAGGAUUCGUGACUGUGAUCAUCAUCAUGUUUCUCGCCUACUCCAUAGCUACAAACUUGAUCUAUGGCUGGAAGCUGAAUUCAUACAAAACCCUCUUUGAUUCAGCAGAGACCAUGGUCAGCCUUCAGCUAGGAAUCUUCAACUAUGAAGAGGUCCUGGAUUACAAUCCCAUUUUGGGCUCCUUCUUAAUCGGCUCAUGCAUCAUUUUCAUGACCUUUGUGGUGCUGAAUCUGUUUAUUUCAGUGAUUCUUGUAGCUUUCAGCGAGGAACAGAAGCAUUACCAGGCUUCAGAUGAGGAAGAGAUUGUUGACCUGAUGCUGAUGAAAAUCUGCAGCUUUCUUGGAAUUAAAUGCAAAACUGAUCCUAAACUGGCCUGUGACAAGUGACUGGCAGAACCCGCAAGCAACAACUGUCUCCAUUUAACACCACUUUUGGUUUGUAUUUUGAGUUGCAGCUGCCUUUUUGUUAUUGUGGUUCCUGUGUUUGUGAAAUGCUAGAGCAG